AUGGCCAACUCCACUGUGGUGACUGAAUUCCUACUAGAUUUUUUUGCUGAGACUUGCGAGCUGAGGAUCCUACUCAGUGUGCUGUUCCUGUUGGUGUACCUGGGCAGUCUGUUAGGGAACCUUACCAUCAUCAUUGCUACUACAGUUGACCAAAGCCUGAAUACACCCAUGUACUUCUUCCUCAGGAAUCUGUCCUUUUUAGACAUAGGCUACAUUUCUGUCACUGUACCCAAUGCUUGUAUCAACUCUCUCACUGAUCACAGGAACAUUUCUGUGGCUGGCUGUGCAGCACAGAUCUUUGUGGUCUUCUUUUGUGCAUGUGUAGAGAUUCAGUUUCUCACCAUUAUGUCCCAGGACCGCUAUGUGGCCAUCUGUAAGCCUCUCCUCUACCCUAUGAUUAUGAACCAUCAGUUCUGUGUUCAGAUGACACUGGCUUCCCUAUUUAGUUCUCUUGUUCUUGCAAGUGUCCACACAUUCAAAACCUUCCAGCUGUCUUUUUGUCACUCUAAUGUAGUCCCUCAGUUCUUCUGUGAUAUCCCCUCUUUGCUGAGACUUUCUUGCUCUGACACCUUUAACAACAUACUCUUACUUCUUCUGUCUGCCAUUGGGCUCAGUGGUAGCUGUUUUACCUUCAUUGCUAUAUCAUAUGUUCGCAUAAUAUCAGCUGUAUUGAGGGUUCCUGUCAAAGGAGAUAGAGGGAAAGCCUUUUCCACUUGUGUCCCUCACAUCAUUGUGGUGUCUGUGUUUCUUAGUUCUGGUGCCUAUGUAUAUCUAAGACCUCCAUCAACCUCAGAAAUGGUUGAGGAUAUGACUCUUUCUUUAUUUUAUACCAUUGUUCCUCCAUUCUUAAACCCUAUUAUCUAUAGUCUUAGAAACAAACAGAUAAAGGAUGCUGUGAAGAAAGUAAGAUUCAGAUUUAUUCAUAGUUGCAUAAAAUAA